AUGAAGACCAGGCCGACGGGUGACGCCAGCAACGCGGACUGGAUGGGAUCCCUGAGUCCAUCACUCUCCGCCAUGCCGCUCAAAUACCUCGCCGUUCCCGGUUCUCACGACUCGUUCAGUUUCUGGUUGGACGAGCAGGCUCCGGUCGGUCCGGAUCAGAAGGCGUUCGUCAAGCACCUAGCGUACGUGUUUCGCCUGCUGGCUAAAAAAGUAAUGAAGAAAUGGUCCAUGACUCAGAAUCUGACCUUCAGAGAGCAGCUGGACGGCGGCAUUCGCUACUUUGACCUCCGAGUCUCAUCUAAACCCGGAGAACCGGACCACGAGGUGUACUUCAUCCAUGGCCUGUUCGGGCUCAGAGUACGACAUGGACUCGAUGACAUAAACGUCUUCCUGAACGCUCACCGCAAAGAGGUCAUCUUCCUGGACUUUAACCAUCACUACGCCAUGGAGGCCGAGCACCAUCGCUACCUUAUUAACAUGCUGAAGGAGGUGUUUGGAUCGAAGCUGUGCAAGAUCAGCGUGGUGGAGGACAUCACGCUGGACUACCUGUGGGAGAAGAAGUACCAGGUGUUGGUGUUUUAUCAUCACCCGUCUGCAGAAGGCUGCCCGCUGAUGUGGCCCGGCAGUAAAAUCCCAGCCCCGUGGGCCAACACCACCGACACCACCAAACUCAUCCAGUUCCUGGAGACCACGCUGAGCGAGAGGGCCAAGUACGGCAGCUUCCACGUGUCCCAAGCCAUCCUCACUCCUCGCAUCAAGACCAUCAUCAGAGGCCUGGUCCAGGGGCUGCGCAACCACCUGGUGGAGAAGAACUUGCCGGUCAUCAUGACGUGGGUGGAGACACAGAAACCAGGCAUGAACGGUGUGAACAUCAUCACCUCAGACUUUGUGGAGCUGGUGGACUUCGCCAACACCGUCAUCAGGCUCAAUGACCUCCUCCUCCUCCACCCACCUGACCAGGCAGUCACAUGACCACUACAACACUCUGAGGACAUCAGAACCACAUCAAGACAGGAGACCAUCAUAGAGUUUAGAGAGCACAUGAACACCACCACCAUCAUCAUCAUCUUCAAUGACCGUCAAUUACUCUAACUCCAAAAUUAUUGGCACCCUUAAUUAAAGUGAGUGAAUGUAAAUGUUAUUUUAUAAUAUG